GACAGACGCCUUCUCCGAGGAAGUGAGGGAGGGAAGGGAGUGAAAGAAAGAGGGAGUGAAAGAAAGAGGGAGUGAGUGAGUGAGUGAGGGAGGGAAGGGAGUGAGUGAAGGAGGGAGUGAGUGAGUGAGGGAGGAAGGGAGUGUGGUUUUCCUGCGCCAUCGUCCUCUUCUCUGUUGCUCUUGCGCUCUGCCCGGGUCUGGUUGUCAUUCAUUCUCUCUCUCUCUCUCUCUCUCUCCUGGCUCGGUUACUUCGAUCACGAUGACAGUGAAACGCAGCUUGCUGGUCGAAGCAGACGAGUUGCCUGCCGCCCAGGAUGACAAGCUUGCGAGCCUUCACAUGUCGCGGCUGGUCAUUCCUGCAGCGCCGCUUGCAGGCUUUCACGGGGCCGCGUCAUCGGCUCCUCCAAGCACCGUGAGCGCAAUCUUGCGCAUGGAGGGCGCAGGAGAUGCGAGCUACGUGAAGUACUCGUCCGGACAGGCCAACAUCAAUGCAGAGCUGAGGCCGAUGCUAGCAACUGCCAUCCGGACGUAUACGGAGUUUCCCAGCUCUGGUCCAAUCCGGGUGGCCGAUCUCGGUUGCUCCGUGGGAGCCAACGCGCUUGGGUUUGCAGAAUGCAUCUCAAAUGCAGUACUGGAAAAGUUCAAAUCCUUGGGGUUGCCUGCUCCCGAGAUUCAACACUUUUUUUCGGACCUUCCCUCGAACGAUUUCAACUUGCUGUUCUCGUUGAUGCCGCAUCUGAAGAGUGGCGAAGAUGACUGGGGCAAUCUGGACAACUGCCGCGAAAUGGAUACCACGAGGAGUUAUUAUGCUGCUGCAGUUCCGGGAUCCUUCUAUGACCGCCUGUUUCCGCGAGAAAGCCUUCACGUUGUCAUGUCCACUUGGUCCAUGCACUGGCUCUCUCAUAUCCCAACCUCGGUCACGGACAAGUCCUCACCAGCCUACAACAAGGGCAAGGUGUGGAUUAAUGAAGGGAGUCCAGCAGUGGCGGAAGAGUAUUCCAAGGUGUCGAAAGAAAAUUUGAAAGCGUUCUUUGUCAACCGUGGCGUGGAAAUGGUGUCCGGAGGGCUUUUGUUCGUGAUGCUGAUGAGUAGAAAAGAUCCUUGCAGAAAGGAGAUCCAAUUCGGCCAGCCCUUGGGGCUUGGCUCUCCCAUUUGUGGCAUGUUCGAGCUCGCAUGGAACGACCUUGUUGACGAGGGUGUGGUCGAUGAAGACACGCGGGAUUCGUUCAACAUGCCAAUCUACUGCCCAAGCGCGGACGAGAUUACGGAAGCAAUAGACGAGUCGUCUGCGUUCCGUGUCGAGAAGCUGGAAAUCUGGGAAGACAUAGACUUCCUUCCCCGAGCCACAGCCGUGCAAUUAGCAACGAAUCCCGAGAGGUGGGGCGCCAUGGCAAUGAACAUGUCUAAAACUAUGAUGCUCACCCUCGUGGAAGCUCAUGUCGGCCCUGAAGUCGCAGCCAAAUUGUGGGACCGCCUGCAGAAACAGGUUACCGCUCAUUGCCGCAGAACGAAGACCGUGUUCUGUGCCAACUCGCCAGGCUGCAACAUAGCACUGGCUUUUCUGGUCAAGAAGUAGGAACCAUCCUCCGAAUACACAAAUGCGGGCUUGAUUAUAGCUAUCUCAGUUAUCAAAUCGUUUACAGCACUCUGGAGCGAUGUAUCCCAAGGAGCCGGCUAUAGUGGACAAUUCGCGGCAAACGGGAGUUUCGACAAUCUUGGCUGUGCCAAAAUUGGCCAAGUGCGCUUAGUAAUCCAAGUCGAGCGGAAUGUUAUUUGACUUGAUGUCGCGAUGUAGGAUUUGUGGCUUACAGUCGUGGUGUACAUACUGGAGUCCCAUGGCUGCGCCAAGGGCAAUUUUGUAGCGUAAUUCCCAAGUGAGAAUUGCGGCCUUGGUGCUGUGUAGGAGAUCUCCCAAACUGCCGUUGGGCAUGUACUCGCACACCAGCAGGUUUUAAUCCCGCUUCCUGCAGCAGCACAAGAGCUUCACUAUGUGGCGGUGUCGCAUGGUUGCGAGUGUUCUCACCUGCACGGAAGCACAGCAGAAGGUAUGGUUACAUUUUAGAACUUAGGUAUUCAACCAUCUUCAAUUUCUCGUCCAUUCUAAGAGUGAAUGAAUGAAUCCACUGCGGGUGCAAAGAGUCAUGUCAAGCAUAUUGAGCAACUCUGGGAGAAAUGUAUAAAUUACCUCAGUCAUGAAACCAUGGUCAUUGUUCUGUCGUUUU